AUGAUCGUCUUCGCACUCGUUAUAUUGCCAAUAUCUGUUCAAUCGAUUAUUCUCAUACCUCCACAAAACAUUACAGUGACGUAUAAUAUAAAAUGCUAUUCGAGCAGCACCUACAUAAUACGUGAUGAUUAUCAACUAUGUGCUUUUCGUGUCUAUGAUGGUGGUGAAAUGUUGCAUCAACCAGUGGAGUACAUGGUACGUGAUGGUAUGUGGUAUACUAAUACAUUUCGACAAUUACUCAAGCGUUGCGAUGGAUUUCCAGCAACAUCUGAUGUUGGUAUUGGCACAUGUUCUCCGUUGCCGUAUGAAACUUUUCAGAACAUGACAAUCUGUAUUUGUGCAGAAAAUCUUUGCAAUAUUGAUAUGACUACUUGCAUGAGCUGGAAUCGCAGAAUUUCUUCACUUCAACCAUUGACAACUCUUCUGAGCGAUCUGUCAAAUCCUGUAAUAUGUUCUGAAACAGAAAAUGUGUUGUUGUUACCGAAACUAUGUACGGAGCAUCCGUUGAUUAACAUUUCAAAUUGCAUGAAUUACAUUAGGAGCAACAGUGUACUUUGCAGCAUUAGUAUAAUAGACAGUGUGAUCACUCAAGAAGCACUGAUUGCCGAUAAUUACGAACGUAUUUUAAUUGAACAAUACCAUGAAGCACGUAUGAGCGGAUAUACUCGUAGUGUUAUUUUCACGGAGACUUCAGUGCUCUUUACACACAUUACUCCUAUGUCGGAGAGCGAGGUCUGUAUCUGCAGCACAAUUCCGUAUUGCAAUGCAAAUAAUGGAACAUGUAAAGCAACGAUAGCCAAAAGUAAAACUAUAGUACCUAUCACAUCCACAUCUGCAGCGCUGUCAGCAUCAUCAUCAGACAGUAACUUAACUACCGGAAUCAUUACAAUCUCGAACAAUACUAAUUAUACCGAUACAAUUUCUUUUGUAAGCCCAUCAUCUUCAACAGCUGCAGCAAUAGCAUACAAAGAAAUCUCUGUUACACAGGUUGACAAUGGACAAAGUAGGCUAAUGUUACAUGUCAUUUUCAGAUCACUUGAUUAUUGUUUGUAUUCAAUCUAGCCCACGAACUAAGAAGAAGUAAAACAGGUCUUGGAUUUGCAGUCAUUGUUGGCAUCAGUUUCUUGGCUUUGAUCAUCAUUGUUAGCAUCAUCAGAUUUCAAAUAUACCAUCGUGAUAGUCGUGGUAGUUAUCAACUUGUACCUCAUGAUAUAUAAAUUAUUUCGUUUUGAAGCAGAACCUAUUCGAAUCUCGAAAAAAAGAUAUUUGCUUAACUUUUGUCCUCAUAUAAGAUUUUCAUGAAACUAAUUUCAACCAGUAACGUCAAUAUCAAGAUAACUUUUAUUCGUCGUAUGAAAAUGUUCGAUACGUUCCUUUUUCUGAAUCUAUACAAGAGACAAGCAGUGACUGUCAGAAAGCCCUAUUUCAUUGGACUUCACCUAUUGGCAAGUGUAUUCGACUAGUAUGGGAUUGCAUGUGUGCACCAGCAAAAACAAGACCCACAUCUACACCUUAAUUUUUGGGUGUAGAGAAGUUUUUUUUUUAAGAUCCAUAAGGAUUUUGCUUGC